AUAAAAUUAAAGAUGUUUUCAAUUGCAAAUAAGGUAUUUGGGAAGAGAUUUGCCAGGUCUUUCUCCACAGAGCCAGGAAUUCUUCAUAAAGUACUCAAUACUUUUGAUAAGUCAAGGCCGUCUUAUAAGAUGGCUACCUUUGACCCUGCUGUACAGUUGAAGGAUCAUCAUCCAAUCUCAGUUGCUGAUAAGGAACCGGAGUAUAAUGUUACUAAGCUAGCCAAUGGAUUUACAGUAGUGACCGAGAGUACUAUCUUCCCUGGACCUGUAAAUAUGUCUUUCUUGAUAGAUGUGGGAACCAGAGAUGAGACUGAAGAGACCAGUGGAUCAUGCCUUGCUUUGAACAAUACUUACCUCAAGACUCUAAAACAUACUAAUGAGACUGUCAAUUAUGGAAUGAUUCAAAUGAGUGGAGGAUCAAUGGGAAUGGACUUCGACCAAGAGAAGAUUUACUUCUCCGGUCAAUGCCUUGAAUAUGAUACCAUUGAUAUGUUCCAGAUGAUGGUAGACAUUGCUCUUGAGCCAAGAUCUGUCCUUGCAGCUAACGUUGCCAAGGCCAAAAAUAGGAAGAGCCACGAAUUAGCAGAGCAUCUUGGUCAUUUUGAUCCAUUCAUGAACAAUCAAGAAAUGCUUCUCAGAACCGCUUAUGGUCAACAAGGGCUUGGAAUGCCAAGACUUGGACUGAAGAAAAAUCUAGAAAAUAUUGAUGCAAGGGUAUUACAAAACUUUGUUAUGAGAAACAUUACUCCUGAAAAAUGUGUUAUUGCUGCUAACAAUGUUCAUGAUCAUCAAGAAUUUGUUGAUUUAUGUAAAGAAAGACUUGGAGAGUUCUAUCCUCUUCCAGAAAGUGAAUAUCAAAGAGAACCAACAAAGUACAUUGGAGGAGACUAUAGAACUUGGAGUGAGACUCCUUCUACUAACAUCACUGUUGCUUAUGAAUCAGUUCCAUGGAAUGACCCCAGAUCAACUGCAUUCUUUGUCAUGAAUACUUUGAUUGGAUCCGCACAAGCCUUCUCUGUUGGAGGCCCAGGUAAAGGAAUGUAUUGUAGAUCAAUUACUAACCUCAUGCAAAGAUAUGCCUUCGUAGAUGGAGCAGGAGCAGUCAACAAUAUUUUCACUGAUAGUGGACUCUUUGGAAUGCAGAUUGAAGGGCCAGCUUCUAACUCUCAAGAUUUGUUGUACUUAUGAUUGCAAGAACUCCACAGAUUAAGAGAACCAAUUCCAGACGAAGAAUUGAAUAGGGCUAAAAAUAUUUUGAAAAUGAACAUUCUUCAAAGCCUUGAAAGAGAUAUGGAUAGACUCGAAGAAAUGGCAAAGAAUUACAUGACAUUCGAGAAACUGACUUUCCACAAUUACCUUGAAGAGAUUGACAAGAUUACAUCCAAAGAUAUCAACUCCAUUGCAUCACAAAUGAUUGCUGGACUUCCUACUAUGGUUGUGACUGGGUCUGCAAUCAAUGUUGUUCCAUCUGUGACUGAUGUCCAGAAGAUGCUCAAUGGUUAAUCAUUCAAUAAGAUUACCUAAAAUA